GAAGAACAAAUAUUCAUUAUUGCAGUGCUGUAUUUCAGCAAACUUAUUAGAACCGUUUGCAAAGAAUAUACUCGACUGUUACAUCAUAUUUGUACUGCAGUGUUCCCGCCUGACGAAUAUUUUUUCGACGUUGUGUAAUUGAACGCUUCGCAUGACAAGGUGGUCAAGCGAUUCAGAGAAGACUCGAAGAGAAAUACGUACACUUGCCGAAAGCAUCUAUGACUCCUUCAAAAAGAAGUGCAAACACGAUCCAGAGCUCUGCGAAGCUUCAACAGAAGACUUUUCAUGCGUUUCUGAGGACUUGGAUGUUGCAAAACUCUUUGAAGCAGAUGAUCGUUUGAAUUUAUUGGAGAAAUUACAAGUUUUAGCAAUCGAACUAUGCCGUGAGAGGGAGAGCGUCACAUUAUUGAGGUUCGAAAAUGAACAUCUUAAGGAUCGUCUGGAGGAUUUACACGAUGAGCUCCGAUGGCUGAAAAGCCGUGAUGCUUCUCGCCGUGAGGAGCUAUCGUAUUUGAGGGUUAUGACCAAGAAUCAAAAAGCUGCGAAUCAGCGUCUUCAAGCGGCACUAACUACUCAGCAGGACACAUCCGGUACAGAGAUGCAACUUUUGAAAUCUAAUGCGUGUCAAGGAAACGGUCCUGAUUUCCCUUCUGACACAACAACACCUGAACCAGAGACCACCACCUCGACCUCCUGGAUGCAGAGCAUACAAAACGCCUUUCGGAAAGCUAAACGCAAUUCGGUUGGCCAGGAUAGUUGUAUACCAAAACGAUUCCUAAUUCGUCGCUUUCCAGAUCCUUUCCCCCGAGUUUCAUGAUGGAUGAUGAAGCUUCCUGACAAUAAGGGCGGAUAUACGAGACGGACAGUGAACAGGAGGUACUCAGCUCAUCUAAUCGACAGUGGCCCGUAUUUUUGCAUACUAUUUUGAUUAUUUUUACCAAUGUUCAUUGACAUCAGUUUGUCAUGACAAUGAGUUUGUUGAUGCUUUCCCUGCGCCAAAUGUCAGAAUUGUGUCAUUCCAUUUUAACCGAAGUUGCAACUGA